GGCAGGCCGACUUUCCAGUACGCGGCUCGUGUGCACGAGGUAAACACGGCUCCUAUGGCAAUUAGAAUGGAAUGAUACGAGGGGUGGCCUUUCAGUCAGCUUCUCGACGAUCAUCAUGUACGGUUUUGUGAAUUACGCCCUCGAGCUGCUGGUUGUGAGGACCUUUGACAGCGAGACGUGGGAGGCGAUAAAGAAAGAUGCGGCGGUUAACAUGGACGGCCAGUUUCUGGUUCGCCAGAUCUACGACGACGAAAUUACGUACAAUAUUAUAUCAGCUGCUGUCAAUCGGCUCAAUAUCCCAGCCAACGAGAUACUGGAGCUAUUUGGGCGGAUGUUCUUCGAGUUCUGUCAGGAUUCCGGGUACGACAAGAUCCUCCAGGUGCUGGGAGCUACGCCCAGGGACUUCUUGCAGAAUUUGGACGCCCUUCACGAUCAUUUAGGCACUUUGUACCCUGGAAUGAGGGCACCCUCUUUCCGAUGCACAGAGAGACCGGAGGAUGGUGCGCUCAUAUUGCAUUAUUACUCCGAUCGACCUGGUUUGGAGCAUAUCGUCAUUGGCAUCGUUAAGACCGUGGCGAAAAAGCUUCACGGCACGGACAUAGAGAUGCGGAUAUUGAAGACGAAGAACGAGUGCGAUCACGUGCAAUUUCUGAUAACCAACACGUCCGGUCCGGGGGUCGUUUCGAAUCCCAUGAUCGCUGAAUUGGAGACUUUGUCCGUGGAACCAAAAGUGAGCCCAAUGACGUUCUGCCGAGUAUUUCCGUUUCACCUGAUGUUCGACCAAGACCUCACCAUAGUUCAAACCGGAUGCACCAUAACUCGUGUCAUACCUCAAGUGUGCUCUGGUAAUUGCAAACUGAACGACAUUCUUCUGACCGUCAGGCCGCAUUUAGAGUUAACGUUCGAGAACAUAUUGUCCCACAUAAACACGGUGUACGUGCUGCGAACGAAGAAGGGUGUGAUGCGAGUUAACGCUACCGAAGAGUACUCGUGUCUGCGCUUGAAAGGACAAAUGUUGUACAUUCCCGAGUCGGAUCUAGUCAUCUUUCUAUGCUAUCCCAGCGUGAUGAAUUUGGACGACCUGACCAGACGGGGUUUGUAUUUGAGCGACGUCCCUCUUCACGACGCCACCAGAGAUCUCGUUCUGAUGUCAGAGCAAUUCGAGGCUGAUUACAAAUUAACGAGGAACUUGGAAUUGCUUACCGAUAAAUUGCAGCAGACGUAUCGCGAACUUGACGGCGAGAAGCAGAAGACCGACAGGUUGCUGUACUCGGUGCUGCCCAUUUCCGUGGCGAACGAGCUCAGGCAUUCGAGGCCGGUUCCAGCGAAGAAGUACGAUUGCGUGACUCUGCUGUUUUCCGGAAUUGUCGGUUUUGGGGCUUACUGCGCCGCUCACACGGACUCGAGUGGCGCCAUGAAGAUCGUCAACAUGCUCAAUCAACUCUACACCGCGUUCGACGUGCUCACAGAUCCAAAAAAGAAUCCCAACGUCUAUAAGGUCGAAACUGUUGGUGACAAAUACAUGGCCGUGAGCGGAUUACCGGAACCAUGUCGUUGCCAUGCACGAUGCAUCGCUCGCUUGGCACUGGAUAUGAUGGAUCUGGCUGCAGACGAAGUGCAAAUCGAUGGCGAGCCUGUGAAAAUCACCAUCGGGAUCCACAGUGGCGAGGUCGUAACUGGAGUAAUUGGCCACCGUAUGCCUCGUUAUUGCCUGUUCGGAAACACGGUGAACCUCACCAGCCGCACAGAGACCACCGGCGAGCCUGGAAAAAUAAACGUCUCGGAGGAUGCGUACAGAUAUUUAUGCAUGCCCGAGAACCAGGAUCCACAGUUUCUGCUGGAAUACAGGGGACCCGUGACCAUGAAAGGCAAGUCGGAACCCAUGAACGUCUGGUUCCUGUCCAGAGAAACGGAACUGGCCUCCUAAACACACGAAUUGCCGCAAAGCAUCGUCACUAACAAGUUACCUUCGUAGCAAUAUUUUUGAGACUCCACACUCGUUCUUCGUAUGUUCGGCAUAUAGCGUAGGAGAUAAGAUUUUUACGGUUCUAACGCCCCCAUAAACGAUUACACGAUCUGUGAAAGACAUCUUUCAAACUAUCGCAAUUUAACUCUAAGACGAUCCGUUGUUACGAGUACAACGCGUGGAGCAAUUUUAAACUUCUACAAACUUAGAUGUCAUCGCUUUGACUUACGGUGCCGCUUGAAGCGCUCACGAAGCUAGGUUCCGUCGAAUUUAAAUUUAGUAAUUCUAUUAGACAAUUGCAAAUUCCUUCGCGUCGCUAGGAACAUUUAUUUUCACAAAUAAUUAACGACUGCCUGCGUUGAAUCGAGAGUCCAAACGUUCUCCUAGGCCGAGGCCGCGUCCAGACGACUCUAAAUCGAACGUCUACGUCCACUAUUCGAACUAAUCGCAAUA